CAAAUUUUUUGAUUCAAUAUAUUUUUCUUAUUAUUUUAUUUUAGUUUUGUGUUUUUAAUAAUUUUAUUACUUUAUAAUUUUUAGUUUUAUCCCAAAAUGUUACUAAUUUACUUUUAUUUUAAUCUCCUGUUUCUUCCUUUACUAUAUGGAAAGAAUUCAAUUGAACAUGACACAAAUACAAAUAUGCCAUCAUCGAAAAAAUCACAUGAAGAUGAUUCAAAUAUUGCUAAAGUAACAUUAGUUAGCGAAGGUGGCCCUAUUUUACCUAUUACAUCUCCCUUGACAGUGCUCAAGGAGAAUCAUACUAAUCUUAUAAGCAUAGAUAAAGAAUUUGGUAAAAAUAAGGAACGACCAGUUGUACCUCGUAAAGGUGUUAAAUAUCCAACUUCACAAGAAAAGAAAUCCCUUUCGAAUAAUACUACGGAACUACCAAAAGAUUCCAAGCAAAAUAAAUCGACUACCUCUGCAAUAAUUUCUAUGUCUUCAAAAGAUAAUAAAAACAAGGAAACAACAGAAAAAGUUAAUAAUGUGCCAGAAAUAAAAAAUAUAACUGUACUACCAUUGAAGCCUACUGUGCUAUCAUAUGAAGCCCUUGCAGAAGUAGAUGAACAUACUAAGAAUGAACAAUUAUCAAUUAAGUCUUCAUCCGAAUCUGUUAUCGACCAAAUACCCAAUCCAAAUGUAAAAAAAAUUGAGGCCAUGAACUCCAGCCGUCCUGAUUUGAUCAUGCCUGUUGUUAUUACUAUAUUAACAGUGCCAUUAUUUGCUGUAUUGGGUUACAUGGCAUUACGCCGUGGUCAGGAAGCAUGGAAAAAUAGGCAUUAUAAGAGAAUGGACUUUUUGCUUGAUGGUAUGUAUAAUGAUUAGAGAUGUUACAGAAAGAAGAGAAUUGUAAAUAAUUUGUACAAGAGAAUAGUAAACAUUUCUUAUAAGAUGUUUUUUUUACAAAGUUCUUGGUAUGUAUUUAAAUAAUAAAAAAGGAAAAGAAAGGCAAAUGCCUAACAGUAGGAUGCAGAUUACCCUAAGAAAAGGGGUGUAACUUAAUGUAAACAUAUACUCUUGUGUUAUAGACUGCAAAUAAGAGUAUAUGUUUAUAGACAACAGUAAGAUCUUUUGAAACAUAAUGGUGCUUAUUAUGUGCCUUAUUAAAAAAGUAUUGAAAAUAUAUAAUAGAAUAUUUUAUUAUCAAUUACAAUAUGUCAUAUUAACUGUGUUGAUAGAUUGUCUUCCAAGAUGAAUAAAAUUAUUGUGAUAUUAACAGAAUUUAUUCUGAUAUUAUAUUAUUGUUAUUAUUAUGAAGAUAAGUGGUUACCAAAAAUUGUU